UGUUAAUAGAAAUUUAUCGAUAGCAAUCGUGCUGUGAAGUUGCUUUGGAAAUCCGUUCCCAAAUUAAAUAUCUCUAAAAUACUCACAAAAUGAUCGGAAGACUGUCUUUUUGGUACAAAGAAAACGUUUCCAACGAGGUGGAUUGUGUGGCCUGUCGUUUGAUCAGUGGAAUCGGUCUUCUUGGGAUCGGUGCAUAUCUUUUGGCGCAAUCAAAGAAGCGCCCAAAGCCCCUUGAGCAUUACACUAUGAAAAGUCUGGCUGCAGCCGUUGGAUUACUGGGCGUGGCCCGUCUGGCAGAUGCGAAUUUCCUGAAAGCAACAGUCGAGGAACCGAAAGAAAAGGAGCCUAAGACUUCGCAGAGCACCAGUGAUCAUCAGUUCUUUGCAAGACGAUAAUUUAAUAAGCUGUUUACAUUUAAGCUGAAUGUUAUAAUAUCGAAAUUUACCUUUCUUAUACAAAAACAUUUAAACUCAA